AGAAAUGUAAUACACACCCGGGAAGGCUGUCAUGUGACCAUAUAUUGCAAAAUAUAACUAGCGAAUACCAAAGAAGCAAUUGACCUCAACAGACCAAAGAUUGUGUAAUUAUGCGGUGGAUUCAAAGUGGAAAGAAAAAGGAUGAUACAAAAGCUUAUAAGAUUCCCGGAGGACUUACACCAGGGAAACAAAUCAUAUUAAAAGGUCGUGUCUCAAAUGGAACUACUUGGUUUCCGAUCAAUUUUUGCGAGAACGAAGAGUUCGGAAAUGGGGACACUCUUUUUCAUUUCAAUCCACGUCCAAACGAUGGCGUUGUGGUGAGGAACUCACAUAUCGAUGGAUCCUGGGGCCCGGAAGAAAGGGAACAGCCCCACUUUCCUUUUGACAACGGGAAAUCCUUCUCUGUACGCAUCGACGUUACUGCAGAGAAAUUUAUUGUUUACGUCAAUGGAAAACAUUUUGUAGACUACGCUCAUCGACUGGACGUCCAGAAAGGAGAGUUUCUGAUUCUCGGUGAAGGCGCGGAAUACUAUGACGUCAUAUUCCUCGAUAAACCCGUCAUGCCAUAUAUAACGAAAAUUCCUAACGGAAUGUCAGUCGGAAAAGUGUUUCGAAUUAGGGGCAUGUGCACGUCCGAUGUCGGGUUUUCGGUCAAUUUUAUGGAUGAUGGAGGGAAAUAUUAUUUUCACUUCAAUCCACGUCCGCAGGCGGGAUGUGUGGUAAGGAACGCCAAUUUCGGUGACUGGGGAGGAGAGGAGAGAGACGGGCCGGGUUUUCCCUUCAGUCCCUUUCAGUACUUUGAUGCUUCCUUCGUUUGUAUGGAGGACAAAUUUUCUGUUUUUGUGAAUGACGAGCAUUUCACGGAUUUUAAUCAUCGUGAUGACCUGACCAAAAUCUCGGUCCUGAACCUGCAGGGAAAUCUAAGCAUCAUGGAUGUUGAUUGUUCAGACACAAAGGGAGAAGAAUCAACCAAAGAGGUUGAAUCUGGCCUAGAGAAGGGCGACGUGUUCGAAUUUCAAGGAAUGAUGAAACCAGAUGCAAACAGAUUCGACAUAAACUUCGUAAAUGAAAAUGGAGACAUCGCGUUUCAUUUCAAUCCCCGGAGAAAUGAAGAUGAAGUUGUCAUGAACAAUUGUGAAGAUGGCGCGUGGCAGAGCGAGGAAAGAACGGGUCUACAUCCGGUGUUUAAAACAGAGAGGCCAUUCGAAGUUAAGGUUGAGACCAAGAAAAAGAAAUUCAAGGUUUUCAUCAACGGAGUGAAGUUUUGUAAAUUCAGAAUGCGGUGUGAUGUAGAAGCCAUCCGCAGUAUUCAAAUCCGCGGGGAUGUCUUUAUUCUCGAAACUCUCCUGAUGAAGAGACAGGACCAGCCUAUUUGGGAAGGAUUGCCGACAGGAUUGCAAGUUGGAAGUUGGAUCACUGUGCGAGGCUUUCCUAAGAAACAUUGGACGAGGUUUCAGGUGAACUUCAUGUGUAGCGGGGAUGAGGAUGGGGACAUAGCCUUCCAUUUCAAUCCACGUAAAGAUCAGGGUGAGGUCGUGAGGAACUCCAGAUUGUCUGAGGAUGGGGACUGGGGUCCGGAGGAGACAGAAGCCCCCGAGUUUCCGUUUGAGGCUAAAGACACAUUUGAAAUUGUAUUCCAUGUUGGAGAGGACAAAUUUUUCACGUUCCUGAAUGGGAAGAAUUUUAUUGAAUACAACCAUCGCACUUCAAUAGAGAGAAUCUGCCAUCUUUGCAUAAGUGGAGACUGUAAUUUCUUUGAGCCAGAAAUCAUGUAGACAGUGGUGGAAGUGACGUUCAAUAUAUAUAAAACACUUCACCUGUCAGAUAAAUUUCCAAACACACUUAUUUACGUGCUACAAGGGAAGUAAAUUUUAUUAAAUACGUAAAUGUCAUAUAUAAAUUUUUGGAUAUAGUUUCUUCAUUACUUAAACUUUAAACACUCUAAAGAAUAAAGUGUAUAAUUGAAUGCACGAAAUAGCAAUAGUUGUUUUAGUAAUAUCCUUUUUUUGUUCCUAUAUGGAGUUAUACAUCGCUUUAUAAACUAAGAUUGUCAAUGAUAUCCGGUGUGAAUUUAUUUUUGUAAAUACUCAUGAGGAUUAAUGUAUUCAUGAAGGUAGAAAAUCAUGAAGGCUUAAUUUCAGAAGAUGCUUAAUAAAGCCUGAAAAUCUCAAAGUCAAGAAGAAAAGGAACGUGUGUAAAUAUAUGGAUAUAAAUCGGAAGAGGUUUAAUUGAAUUUAUACAAUAAAUGAGAAAAUGAACUAAGGUGACUUAUGUUUUGCUGCGACAAUCGUUUAAACAACCAAUGCUGAUGAUGUUUUUUUUUUAAAUUUAGAAAUGUUUUAACAUUUAUGAUGUAUUUGUAUUUUUGUUAAACAACCAUCAAUAGCUAGUAGCUAGUCUUUUACCUUAUAUAUUUUCUGUUGCAUAUUUUUCAAAGGUUAAAAUAAUAAUUUGUACUCUUGUGUGUUAGAUAUUUUCUAUUGCUUAUAAUUUCUCUAGAUUAAAUAAAUAUUAUUUU